CACCGACCCCGUUUUUUACGUUCACGUUUCAGUCUGCAACUACGACCAGAAACGACCCCGACGAGCCCAAGACAGUGGCACGAACCUCACGAUAUUCGACGAAGAACGAUUGGCCAUCCCGCCGUUGACAGGAGCAUCAUUCUAGAUCCUACCUGUUCGGUUCUCCAGAAAAGCUUUAAAAGGCGGGGCCAAACCGAAAAGGAACACGAGCCUGAGCGUCCCCAACCUUCGCAAUGUCGGACGCGACGGACAUCACGAACGCCAAAUCGGCGUCGACCGCGACGUUUGUCACGGCUCUCGUCUUCAACGCUGCCGUGUUUGGGAUUCAGCUUGGAGUCUUCACAAUCCUUCGACCGUUCUUCAAAGCCAUCUAUGAGCCUCGAACUUAUGUUCCCCCACCAGAGAAACGCGUUGCUCCACUGACCCCUGUACCUGGUGGAUCCGACAAGUCUAUCUCAAAGUCUUCGCGUUUCAUCUCAGGCCUGUUCUGGCCAAUCUCCCUCUUCUACGCCGACUACCGACCCAUUAUCAAAGCCAAUGGCCUGGACGCCUUCUUCUUCGUUCGCUUCCUCAGGCUUAUGGUCAAACUCCUCCUUCCUAUCUGGAUCAUCUCCUGGGUCAUUUUGCUUCCCGCAACCUCUGUUGGAAUCCAGAGAGAUCCCGACCAGCUAGCCAAUGAAGAAGUGAACGGCGUCGACGGCCUCUCCCGGUUCACGUUUGGAAAUGUGGGCAAGACACAGCAGCAACGGUACUGGGCACAUUUGGUGUGCGCUUGGAUCUUCACCCUUUGGGUCCUUUAUAACCUGAAGAAGGAGAUGUCCUUCUUCAUUGUUACUCGUCAGCAACACCUGACCGAGAAGACCCAUUCGCGAUCAGUUCAAGCCAACACCAUCUUGGUUACCGGUAUCCCUGAUGCGUAUCUCAACCAAUACCGACUUCGUGAGUUAUUUAAGGACCUUCCUGGAGGAGUCAAGAGGAUCUGGAUCAACCGCAACUUGAGGGACCUCCCUGAAAUCUACGACCGCCGUUUGGCAGCAUGCAACAAGCUCGAGAGCGCUGAAACUGCUCUGAUGAGGACCGCUGCCAAACUCAAGCUCAAAGCUGACAAGCAAAAGGCGAAGGGCAAGGCUACCGAGCCGGAACCAGCUGUAAACGUGGAUGAUGGCACUACCAAGGGGAAGAACAAGACGACCACAGGAAUGAAUGGCUCGGGGUCUUCACUUGCAGUCGAUUCCCCUCUUGUUACACCAUCGACCACCCAAGAGCACAGGCUAACUAGGGCAGAAGAAUUGGUUCCUCAGGCUCAACGGCCAACUCAUAAGCUCGGAUUCCUCGGACUCUGGGGUGAAAAGGUGGACACUAUUGAUUGGUGCCGCAAAGAGAUCGCCGAAUGUACCAAACUUUUGGAGGAGGGUCGGGCAAAGAUUCGCGCAAGCGAUGAACGCGAAGCAAUCGCCAUGGGUAACGAAAACCUCUUGGCUGGAGCGGCCGUCGACGAGUAUGGCAACCCUAUCGAGGCUCCCAGCCGUGUCAAGACCUUCUCUGGCGAUGGAACCCUGAAUGUCGGUGGCGUGGUCAAGGAUGUCUCUGGAAAGGUUGUUGGAGGGAUGAAAGGUGCUGUCGGUGGUGUCAAGGAUGCGUCUGGAAAGGUUGUCUCCGGGAUGAAGGACGUUUCUGGCAAAAUGGUCGAGGGCGUAAUGGGCAAGGGUCAUGACGACGAAUAUGUACCGCUCAACAGCGCGUUCGUCACCUUCAACAAGCAAAUUUCGGCUCAUUUGGCGGUCCAGGCUCUCGCUCAUCACAAACCAUAUCGGAUGAGUUCGCGCUAUGUCGAGGUUGCCCCGUCCGACGUGAUUUGGUCGAACCUUGGCCUCAAUCCCUACGAGCAAAAGAUUCGAAUGGCUAUCAGCUACGCCGCAACAGCGGGAUUGAUCUUACUUUGGGCCUUCCCUGUUGCCUUUGUCGGUGCGGUCUCCAACAUCAACAAGCUUUGCACCGAGGUCAGUUGGCUGGCCUGGAUUUGUGACCUUCCUGAGGUUGUGGUUGGAAUUAUCAGUGGUAUUCUGCCUCCAGUCUUGCUCGCCGUUUUGAUGAUGCUUCUUCCUAUCAUCCUUCGCCUCCUUGCCCGUUUCGAAGGCAUUCCCAAGUACACUGGGCUCGAGCUCAGUUUGAUGACGCGAUUCUUCCUCUUCCAAGUGCUGCACUCCUUCCUCAUCGUCACUCUCUCGUCUGGUAUCAUUGCAUCAUUGGAAGAGUUGGCCAACAAUCCUACCAGCAUCCCAGCUGUAUUGGCCGAGAACUUGCCCAAGGCCUCGACCUUCUUCUUGACCUACGUUGUCCUGCAAGGUCUUUCUGGUGCAGCGGGUGGCUUCCUGCAGAUCGUCUCUCUCAUCAUCUAUUAUGUGAAGCUCUUUAUUCUUGGAAGCACGCCCCGAUCGGUUUACAACAUCAAGUAUACCCCUGGACACGUCGCUUGGGGUACUCUUUUCCCUGGCAUCACGCUGUUGACUGUCAUCACACUCGCUUACUCCACCAUCGCGCCAAUCAUUAACGGUCUCGCCAUCCUCACUUUCUUCCUCUUCUACCAACUCUACAAAUACCUCUUCCUAUGGGUCUUCCAACAAGACCUUCGAGCGGACACCGGAGGUCUCUUCUUUCCCAAAGCCAUUCAACACGUCUUCGUUGGCCUUUACCUCGAAGAAAUUUGUCUCGCGGCCCUCUUCUUCCUUGCCAGAGACGAGAACAACAACGCAAGCAGUAUACCCCAGGGAGCCCUGAUGGUCGUGCUCAUCGUCAUCACCGCUGGCUUCCAUGCGAUCUUGAAUAACUCUUACGGGCCGUUGCUAGUAGCAUUGCCCUUGAGUUUGAAGGAUCGCUUGGGCCAGGGUGUCGAUGUCGAAGACCAAGAUGGCGACACUUCUCUCACCGGAGAGGAUGAUGCUGCAGGGAAGGCAGCAGACAGUCCGCAGCCGGUUAAACUUCCAGCGACUUCAAACACGGAUGCUGAGUCGGCCAUUCCUGCUGAAGAGCGCGAACUCGUUCGGCAAGGAUUGAUCGUCUCUGAGGAACCUCGAUUGCGGCCUCCUGAUAUGGUCUCACCCUCAAUGUCCGCCGGCGCGGAUGGCUCGCCUGAAGGCGGGGUGUCCAAGGCUGACCAAAAGGUGUCGAAGAAACAGGCUAAAGCUGAGGAAAAUGAGCUGAACAAAUACGGAUUCGCUCACCCCGCUGCCAGUCGACCUCAGCGGACGAUCUGGAUCCCCACUGAUGAACUUGGAAUUGCUGUGGAGGAGGUUGAAGCUACGAGAAGGGCUGGAGUGGACAUCAGCUGCCGUGAUGCGGCUAUGAAUUACAAGGGCAAGGUGGACGUUAGCGGCCCACCGCCCGGUUAUUCCGGUUUGUAA